GCGGGGGCGGGAGCCAGGCGGCAGAUCCAGCGUCCGUGGGGGAGGAGCGGCAGCAGCGGCGGCUGGAGCUGCUGUGGCGACCGGCGCGAGGCGGUGGCAGAGGAGACCCACCCCUGUCCACAUGGACAGUCGCAAAGGCCUCCGCUGAUGCAUUCACGCCUGGGCGGGGUGGACGGACGGCCAUAGCGGCGGCGGCUGCAGAAAGAGCGAGGGGCCUGCGGGCGCCUGUCGGUCGCGGAGACCUCGCCGCUCCGUCGCGGCGGGUGCGGCCAUUUUACGGCCUUGGGACGAAGAGAGGCGUGUUUGUGUGCUCGCCUUCAUCCUUUUUUGCUCGGGGCCCGCGGCUCAGAGAAGCUUCUCAGGCUGCCUGGGUGGGCGGUGGAUGGGGAGUCGUGGGCCGAGAGGAACCAGGCCCGGGAAGCGCCGUCGCCGUCGUCGCCGCUCGCGUUCCCCCCGAGGGGCUUGAAGAGAAGCCCAGGCCGCGGGCCUCGUCGCCCGCCAGCCCGCGGACAGGCCUGGGCGCGCUUGGCCUGCUUUUGUGUAGGCCUGUCUGGACGUGGGAACGCCGCCCGCCUGACGGCUGAACCCGAGGCCCGCAACCCUGCGGCGGCUACCCUCCUGCGGCGCGGCCCCUCAUCCCGGCGAGCACGGCGGCGGUGUGGGCCAUGGAUUAAGAAGGAGGCGGCGUGGGAGGAGGAAGAUGGCGGCCGGCAAGAGCGGAGGCAGCGCUGGGGAAAUUACUUUUCUGGAAGCUUUGGCUAGAUCAGAAUCUAAGAGAGAUGGAGGUUUUAAAAAUAAUUGGAGCUUUGAUCAUGAAGAAGAAAGUGAAGGAGAUACAGAUAAAGAUGGAGCAAAUCUACUGAGUGUAGAUGAAGAUGAGGAUUCUGAAGCCUCAAAAGGAAAAAAGUUAAAUCGUCGAUCUGGAAUUGUUGCUACUAGUACUGGUGAUUUCAUCUUGAAGACAUAUGUAAGACGAAACAAGACUGGAAGUUUUAAAACUUUGAAAGGCAACCCAAUUGGACUUAACAUGUUGAGCAACAAUAAGAAAUUGAGGAAGUACCGAAGCUGUUUCUUCUACCUCUUUUCUUUCCUCUGUACAGGUCUUGCCUCUUACAUUUUUUUUCUUUUUCAUGUUUUAAGCAGUCUGGACCGAAAAGAAAGGAAAGAAUACCCACCUCAUGUCCAAAAAGUUGAAAUUAAUCCUGUAAGGUUAAGUCGGCCCCAAGGUGCUGAACGUAUAAUGAAGAAAACGGAAGAGUCUGAAUCACACGUGGAGCCUGAAAUUAAAAGGAAAGUACAACAGAAACGUCACUGUAGUACAUAUCAGUCUACUCCUCCUUUGUCUCCUGCUUCAAAAAAAUGUUUAACCCAUUUAGAGGAUUUGCAAAGAAAUUGCAGACAAGCUAUAACUUUGAGUGAAUCUACUGGACCAUUAUUAAGAACGUCAAUUCAUCAGAAUUCUGGAGGACAGAAGUCACAAAACACAGGAUUAACAACCAAGAAGUUUUAUGGCAACAGUGUGGAAAAGGUUCCAAUUGAUGUUAUUGUGAAUUGUGAUGAUAGUAGACAAAAUUAUUUACAGACUAAUGGAAAAGUCAUUUUACCUGGGGCAAAAAUACCCAAAAUCACAAAUUUGAAAGAAAGGAAAACAAGCCUGUCAGAUCUAAAUGAUCCAAUUAUUUUGUCCAGUGAUGAUGAUGAUGACAAUGACAGGUCUAAUAGAAGAGAGAGCAUAUCUCCUCAACCUGCUGAUUCAGCAUGUUCUUCCCCAGCACCAUCUACUGGAAAAGUAGAAGCAGCACUAAAUGAAAAUACCUGCAAAGUAGAGCAUGAACUAAGAAGCAUUCCAGUUGACUCAGAGUUAAAUACAGUUACAUUGCCAAGAAAAGCAAGAAUGAAAGACCAGUUUGGCAAUUCUAUUAUCAACACACCUCUAAAACGUCGUAAAGUGUUUUCCCAAGAAACUUUAGUUGAUGCUUUACCUUUAAGCUGCCAAAAACCCUUUGACAGUGUCAUUUUAAGCUGUCGAAGUAUACGAGUAGGAACUCUUUUCCGGCUAUUAAUAGAACCUGUAAUUUUUUGUUUAGAGUUUAUCAAGAUACGCCUAAAUGAACCAGAACGUGAUCCUGUAAAGAUUAUUUUAAAUACCUCUGAUCUAACUAAAUGUGAAUGGUGUAAUGUCCGAAAAUUACCAGUAGUGUUUCUUCAGGCGAUACCAGCAGUUUAUCAAAAGCUGAGCGUGCAACUGCAAAUGAAUAAGGAGGAUAAAGUUUGGAAUGAUAGUAAAGGAAUGAAUAAGUUAACAAAUUUGGAAGAACGAUAUAUAAUUUUAAUUUUUCAAAAUGGCCUGGAUCCUCAGACAAAUAUGAUAUUUGAAAAUAUCAUUACUGAAAUUGGUAUAAAGAAUAACGUUUCUAAUUUUUUUGCAAAAAUCCCCUUUGAAGAAGCCAAUAGCAGACUUGUUGCCUGUACAAGAACCUAUGAAGAGAGCAUCAGAGGAAGUUGUGUGCAAAAAGAAAACAAAAUUAAAACUGUAUCCUUUGAAUCUAAAAUACAGCUUAGAAACAAACAGGAAUUCCAGUUUUUUGAUGAAGAAGAAGAAACUGGAGAGAGCCACACAGUCUUCAUUGGCCCAGUAGAAAAGUUGAUAGUAUAUCCCCCACCUCCAGCUAAGGGAGGCAUCUCUGUUACUAAUGAGGAUCUGCACUGUCUAAAUGAAGGAGAAUUUUUAAAUGAUGUUAUUAUAGACUUUUAUUUGAAAUAUUUGGUGCUUGAAAAACUGAAGAAAGAAGAAGCUGACCGAAUUCAUAUAUUUAGUUCUUUUUUCUAUAAACGCCUUAAUCAGAGAGAAAGGAGAAAUCAUGAAACAACUAAUCUGUCCAUACAGCAAAAACGACAUGGGAGAGUAAAAACAUGGACCCGGCAUGUAGAUAUUUUUGAGAAGGAUUUUAUUUUUGUACCCCUUAAUGAAGCUGCACACUGGUUUUUGGCUGUUGUUUGUUUCCCUGGUUUGGAAAAACCAAAGUAUGAACCUAAUCCUCAUUACCAUGAAAAUGCAGUCAUACAAAAAUGUUCAACUGUAGAGGACAGUUGUAUUUCUUCUCCUUCAGCCAGUGAAAUGGACAGUUGUUCACAAAAUUCUUCUGCCAAGCCUGUAAUGAAGAAGAUGCUAAACAAAAAGCAUUGCAUAGCUGUAAUUGAUUCAAAUGCUGGACAGGAAGAAAGUGACUCUCGUUAUCGGAGAAACAUAUGCAGUGUGAAGUGUAAUGUGAAAAAAAUAAAUCAUACUGCAAGUGAAAAUGAAGAAUCAGAUAAAGGAGAAUCUGCAUGCCCAAAAGUUGCUGAUAGGACUAAAAGUGAGAAUGGCCUACAGAAUGAAUGUUUAAGUUCUACGCCCCAUACAGAAGGGAUCACAUUCAUGGUUUAUAACGAGCACUUACUCUUUGGCUCUUUUGGUGAUAGCAGUUACCUAUUUUGUGAACUAGCUAAUCUGACUGAUGAUAGCAGUGAUGAUGGAUUCCUUGCUGAUGACAACUGCAAUUCAGAAAUAGGACAGUGGCAUUUAAAACCUACUAUCUGUAAACAACCUUGUAUCCUACUUAUGGACUCACUCAGAGGCCCUUCUAGGUCAAAUGUUGUCAAAAUAUUAAGAGAGUAUUUAGAAGUGGAAUGGGAAGUUAAAAAAGGAAGCAAAAGAAGUUUUUCCAAAGAUGUUAUGAAGGGCUCUAAUCCAAAAGUACCCCAGCAAAACAACUUCAGUGACUGUGGUGUAUACAUAUUGCAAUAUGUAGAGAGCUUUUUUGAGAAUCCAGUACUCAAUUUUGAACUACCUAUGAAUUUGGCAAACUGGUUUCCUCCUCCAAGAAUGAGAACAAAAAGAGAAGAAAUCCGAAACAUAAUUCUGAAGCUGCAGGAAGAUCAGAGCAAAGAGAAAAAAAAACAUAAUGACACUUACUCAACAGAAGCAUCUUUAGGCGAAGGAACAGAGCAAUAUGUCAACAGUAUCUCAGAUUGACCAUUUCUGUUGCUUGUCAGUUCUGCCUUCAGAAACUAAAUGACUUUCAACUUUGGGUAUAGACAGUAAAGAACUGAAGUGCUCACUACUCAGAGUGAUUUGGAAAUUUUAAUGCUUGUAAAAAUGUCAUAUAAUUAAUUUCCAAAGGAGUAUGUAUCAAGUAAAAGUCUGUAAAUAUGUUAAUGAGGCCAAUUUUUCCAGCAUUUAUAAUUAUUUUUUUCACUUGUUAGGAAGCUUUUGUUUUGUAUUUUCUGUUAAUAGUACUUAAAAUUGCAACUUCUAAACACAAAAUAAAAAGAAAAUAUUUAUAGGAGGAAAUGA